GGUGAACCGUGAAAAUGGCUGCCACCAGACGUAGCCUGUUAAUGCUUAUACUGCUUCAGCAACUGGGGGAUGUCCACACUUUGACAGGACAUGUCUGCACUCAACAGAGAAGUAUGUCCUUCGUGAUUUAUCAAAAGGUUAGCAAGCAAGGAGGCGUUUAUUGUGAUAGUCACAGUUUCUUGUCCUGUCAGCGAUACAGAUAUGGUACAGUGUACCUCACCGUGACAACGUACAACACACAAUAUUACCAGGUUGAAUUCUGUUGCGCGGGUUGGGCACGAAUUGGAUCAACGUGUAACACACCUAUCUGUAGCCGUGGGUGUGUCCAUGGUUCUUGUACCGCCCCCAAUGUGUGCACCUGUACAAGCGGUUACAGUGGAACACGGUGUGAUGCCGACAUCAACGAAUGUUCCACUGGCAAUGGCGGCUGUACCCAUACCUGCACCAACACCGUGGGAAGUUUCUUUUGUACCUGUAGGACUGGAUUUGUGUUGGACGGGAACGGCCUGACUUGCUCUGACCGCGACGAGUGCUCAACGUCACACCAUGGUUGUGAGCAGAAAUGUAACAAUCUUCAAGGAAAGUACUACUGCUCCUGCAAUGAGGGCUACGUUCUUGCUGCUGACAAGAAACUCUGCAACGAUGUUGAUGAGUGCAGCAAGGGAACUCAGGCAUGUGAUCACAAUUGUCACAAUACACGUGGUAGCUACACGUGUUCAUGUAGAAAUGGGUAUGAACUGGCGUCCGAUGGUCAUGGAUGUAUAGAUGUUGACGAGUGCAGUAAAGGGACUCAUGCAUGUGAUCACAACUGUUACAAUACACGUGGUAGCUACACGUGUUCAUGCAGAAAUGGGUAUGAACUGGCAUCCGAUGGACGUGGAUGUAUAAUUAUUGGUCAACACUUGGAUGCGGCAAUUGAUGCAGCAGCGCCAGUAGAUCAGAGUACAGCAGUCGCAGUAGGUUUCAUUAUCGGCAGUACAUUUGCCAUUAUCGUGCCCGUCGUCCUCAUCGCUAUCUCGGUCUUCUUUGUAUGUCGACGCUCUAGGAACAAGGGCAGAAGACCAGCGACAGAACGCUCCUCGGCACCAGCUGUUACCCAGGUGCAGGAUUACGACAAUGUUGCCUAUGAAAACGCCGAGGUCCUGACAGCAUCAAAACAGAGAACGGAGAAGAAUAGUGAUGGGAGGCAACAUACGGGGCCUUGGACAGUGCAAACCGGUACUACUAAUGCCUUGAACCCAGACCAGCCCUAUGAAGGCAUGAUGAUAAGGGAUGUCCAAGAGCAGAGGCCAUACUCUCAGUUAAUAAUUAGAGGAGAUGUACCGAUUCCUACCGAUAUAUAAAAAUAAGUCAGCCUACCACCGCAAAACUCAGCAAAACGACUAAUAGUAUGCUUGCCUUAAAACUGGUAGCGAGGUUAAUUAGCAGGACAGCCUGUCGAUUCGCUUUAGUUCAGGGAAUCUCUCUCUCUCUCUCUCUCUCUCUCUCUCUCUCGGGAGUGAAUGUAACUGCAUUUUAUAUCUUAUACUGACUUACAAAUUACAUACAUUUAUGCUCAUUGUUGAUUGAUGUAUCAGCCGAACUUGAACUUGUUCCAGGGCCCAGACUGAGAAGUUUUCAAGAAUUUAAGUUUCUCGCUUUCCGUUAAAAGAAGCCUACAGAUGUUUUUCCUAAUUUAAGUUUGCGCCCUUCAUAACAAACGUUUUUGUAUUUUUCAUACUUUGAAAAAAGGUAUUUACUAAUGGAUUUUCUAAUAUUCUCUAUGAACCCUAAUUUGAAUUGUUUCCAUUUUUUCGCACUGUGGUGUGAGGAGCAUGUUCCAGUUGAUGGUAUGAUGCAGUGAGUGUUCUGGUUAGUGAAGAUAUCAUUCCUCAUCACGUGACUAUUUUGAAUUUCAGCAAUUUUUCUUAUAAACAAGGCAUGCUCUGUCUACAUGUAUAAUCGAGCAGAAAAUGAUUUUUUUACAGAUUAAGUUGUACAUUUUGAAAUUACACCUUCACAAUCAAAAUUCGCCUUUUCUGCAUCACGAAAGUGAUACUUAUGAACUAUAUGUAUAUAAAGUUAUUUUGUCCAUUUUGUGCUUUUAUAAAUAAAUGACCAGUUUUCUGGUUUUUUAUAUACUACAGGAAAAAUAUCAUGAAUGAUAAAUAAGGGCUACAAAAGCCUUAAAUAACGAACUUAAUUUAUGCAAUCCAAUGCGAUACAAAGUUUAUAUAAAAAUUCUCUCCUUAGGUAAUGCAACACGCAAAGUUGGUGUUUAAUAAAUGAUCCAAAGUGAUUUGAUUAUAUGAUGACUCAGAAGAAUACAUAAAUGAUGCAUUUGAAGCAAGUUGACAUAUAAACAAUUGCCCCCAAACCGACCAAAGUACCAACACAUAGUUUUAAAAAACGUAACUUGCAGAAAUAUCAAAUAUUAUCUAAAAAGUUCACUGUUUGUCGAUCAUAUGUUUCUUGGCUCAACUUGAUAGAGAUCGCUAUAUCUGGAACAGAAGAAAAGUAAAAUACAUGAGACUCUACGUGAGAAAUACUCCUUCCAUGCUCCCCAGAAAAAAAAUCAUAUUUUAACAGAUAUUUUUAAUGCACUAGUUAAUUUUCCACCACCUUUUUACCCUUGGUAUGUCGACCACUUUGUAAAAAGGAAGUUUGUUUAACAAAUGACUUCUGCUUUAGGCCUGGGUCAAUGUUAUUAGGUAUACCGUCAACAGGCAAUGUUAGUUGCUUAGCAGGAGAAGGAGCGUGCAAAAGAACUUUCGCUUUUACUAUCGACGGAACACAAAAUAUCAAGCGAAAUAACGAAGAAAAUUAACUUUCUGAACCGGCAUCUGGACCUUACUAAAUGCAAGCGGAAAAAGGAACACACAUAGGAAUGUUAAUGCUACUUUAAUUUAGACAGUUAACAGUCCGUACCU